GGAUAAAAAAAUUACCUAUUUACCGAAAAAUAAAAUAAAAUAAAUUAAACAACGAGAGAAUAGUCUCUAAACGGAAAGAUGUCUGGGUCUGGUAGCGGUCAUGAUCAGUCUACUGACAUAUUUUCAGCCGAAGGUCGUGUCUUUCAGGUGGAAUAUGCCUGCAAAGCGGUGGAUAACAGCAGCACGGCUGUAGCAGCGUGCUGUAUUGAUGGGGUCGUGCUUGCAGUAGAAAAAAUUCACUCAAGUCGCAUGCUUGAGAAUGGAUCGAAUAACCGUAUCCACGCCAUUGAUCGCCAUUGUGGUGUAUGCAUCUGCGGAAUGCUUCCAGAUGGCAGGGCGAUCGUUUCCCGCGCCCGUGAGGAAGCCGAGAACAGCCGUGAUGUGUUUGCGGUCCCGAUUUUGGGAUCUGUAUUCGCCAACCGCAUUGGCAAUUUUAUGCAUGCCUACACGACACAUUUCUACUAUCGUCCGUUUGGAUGUUCCGCGAUUAUCGCUUCGUACACGGAUGACGGGCCGCAGUUGUACGUGAGCGAUCCAAGCGGCACUGUAGCUGGAUACUAUGGGAUUGCACUUGGAAAAGCUAAAACUAUCGCCAAAACAGAGCUAGAAAAGCUGGAUUAUUCGGCCCUAACUUGUGAGGAGGCAGUUGAGAAGCUCACGAGAAUACUCCACAGCGUGCACGAUGCACAAAAGGAUAGGGUAUACGAAAUAGAGGUGGCAUGGAUAUGCGAUAAGUCAAAUCGUAAAUUUGAGCACGUACACCCGGAUUUGAUUCCACAGAUGCCUGAGCAGUGAACUCUUUCUGAUUGAAUCGAUAUGCAUAUUUAUUUAAUAACCUCUUUUUAGCUUUUUUUUCAGUGCGCGCAUAUCUGCGUGAGAAGGGGAUGGACCUGGAGUGGGCGCAAGCAAGUAAAGGGUAAAAAAAAUGCAAGACACUAGAAAGGAUCACUUUAAGAGCGAAUUGAUCGUAUAUCAAUUCAUUGAAGUCGGAAGCAAAGGAAAUUUAGUAUUGAAAAUUUUAAAUAACAUUGCCCUUGUGCUUUAGAGAAGCUGAAUAUAGGUUGAUAGGGAGU